CUAGCACAGGAAAUUGCAAUAAUAGAUCUUUAGAUCCAUAUAUUAUAUGCGCAUUACAUGCAUGUAUGUUAAUCUACCAUAACUUUUUUCAUUAAUAGCUACAUUGUUACUACUACAGGAUUCAACUUUCUGUCUUGCCAGUUCUACUGCCUGAGUGCCUGUACUUUAAUCUGUAUUGCUCAUCUUCUAAUUCUGUUUGUGUUACUGGAACCAGCUCUUGAAGCAUGAUAUGGAUUCUUCUGAAUGUGUAGCCCUCUUAUUUAUACUGUUAGCAGCUCAAGAAUCAUUAGGAAAGUGUCUGUCAGAGGAUUCUACAGUUGUGCCUCUGGCAACAACCAUUACGGAGCAUGCACUUUUCUCCUCAUCCUCCUCAGUCCAAUUUAUCACUUCUUCCUCACUAUAUUUGCUAUCCUCAUUUGCUCCUAAUCCAACUCUUCUACCAAUUUCAGAUGGUGUGGUUGUUGUUUUCAAAGGGUCCAAUGCAAGCACUUUUGAUGUUGAAAACUUCAAAAACAUUACAGCAAAAGCUAUUAACAGCUAUUGUAGUGUUAACUGCAGAAAAAAUACGAGAGGUUUGAUAGUACCUGAUAAUAUUGUCAUUACCGAAAUCACUGAAACAAUUAAUGGAUUAAUGGUAAUAUUCUAUGUCAGUAGUCAAUAUGGGGCUCUUGUUGAUGCUAGUAUUGUGACAACAGCAGUAAAAGCAGCUGAAUCACAGUAUAAUGAUGCUGGAAUUUCUAUUACCAGUAUUACACCACUUGAUCCACCAUCAAAUACCGCAACAACUGAUGUUUCACUAGCUCCUGCAGAUGAAGAAUUGUCUGCUGGGCAAAUAGCAGGAAUAGUGACAGGAAUUGUAACAGGAGUCUUGACAAUAAUAAUAAUACUAAUAAUACUUAUUGCCCUAAUGAACUACCUGAAUACCAGUUCCUGUCAAAAUAUUUAUACCAAGAAGACAAGAAAUGGCAUUGUUCAGAAUAUUUAUCACAACAGCACUGGCUCUGUCAUUUCCAGCAUAUGAUAUACAGAUGGCUUUCAGUUAUAUGAAAGAGAAAAACAUGUAAUGAAAUGCUUCAU